UUUAACUCCAGAAAACACUGCAUAUGACGGACUGUGUUCAUAAGGUCCCCAGUAUUUAGUUAACAGGUCCCGUUGGAUACAUAGGACAUGCCUGACUUUUUCCAUGUAGACCUAAACUGUAUUUGUGGUUCUUUUGUUUAGAUAACAUGUGGAAAAGCUUAGCGGUUAUAACAAUUAUCAUUUGUGGAAUAAUUUCUACAGAGGCCGCAAAUUGCACAGUGGAUAACAAGCAUUUUUACAAAGAGGGCGACCAUUGGAACCCUGUAAAGGAUUCUCAAAAGAUAGGCGCGGGUUGUGUGAACUGUACCUGCUUUCACGAUAACACUGUAACCUGCGACAAAGUGGAGUGUCCAAUAUUAAAUUGUGAGACCCCUAGAUAUCCAGUGGGGGCCUGCUGUCCAGUGUGUGAAGAUCUAAAAAACAUCAUUCCUACAGUAGCGCCGAUUGACGAUGGGGAGGCGGGAAAUAAGGACCGGAAGUGCCACUUUGAGGGAAGGGUCUAUCAACACAACCAGUUCUUCUCCAACAACAAUACACAUAUCACCCCCACCAGAUCUGACCAGUGUGUCAACUGCAUUUGUCAGUCUGGACAAAUUUACUGCUUUCUGAAGACGUGUGUAAUCAGACAACAUUGUAGCAAUUUCUACCAGUCCCCAGAUACAUGCUGUCCAGUUUGUGUUGAUAUCAAAUCAAAAGAUAGAUUAGAAAGGCGGAGACCAGAAGACUGUAUAGAUGGCAAAGGAGCUCUUAGGAAGAAUUCAACUAACUGGAAACCGGAAGUCGCUGGAGAAAAAGAUCCCUGCAUUACGUGCACGUGUCUGAACGGAGCGAUUACAUGUGAAAGGGAGCAGUGUCGAAGAUUACUCUGUAAGAAGCAGUAUCGAGUGAAGGGACAGUGUUGUAAAACAUGUGAUCGACCAAUAAAAAAAGUCAAAGGGGUGUGUAAAAAAGACAGGGAGCGACGAAAGAAAGGCAGAAAAAAUAAACGAAAGAACAAAAGGAAAAACAAGAAAGGACGAAGCAAGCGAAAGGGUGGUCGUAGAAAUAAAAGGAAAAAUAGAAGAAGACAAAGAAAGAAAUCAAAGAAAUGCACAAAAGUUAGACAUAAUUCCACGAUGGUUGAUAAACAGUGCCCUUCAAUACUACCACUCGCUUUGCCGAUAGAUGGCGCUCUUCCAUGUCAUUUCAACAAAUUGUGUUUACCAGCAAGGACUGAAUUUAUUAUUUACCGCCUUAAAAUUAGCGGGAAAGAAAACGGAAAAGACAAUGACACUAUUGUUAUUGCAUUUGAUAAUGUAAAAUCUCAAAUGGUGGAAAUCUGGAGAUAUAUUGUUCACAAAGAUAAAAUAAAAGAGAGAAAAGAUCCAGAAAAAUGCUCCUCCUAUUCUUUUAGACUUCAGAUACAAAAUUCAAACGCCAUUCUUGGGGCUGCCAGUGCAAAGUCGGUGAAAGACUUCCAACGAAAGCUUAAAAGAGGACUGAAAGGCUGUGAGAGGAAAAAGAAGGGGUGCCGGUUACGGACAGUCCGCAGGCAAAUGAUAUGUUUUGAAAUGGAGGAUAUUGAUGUGCCCACUUGUAAAAACUAGAGAGGACGAUUGAAAUUUAUGACCAAGUGGUGUCUGAGCAUUGACACUUCUCAGAGUGAGGGACUGUUGAUUCUUCCAGUGAUCAACGUGCAUUUCCUUGGAAUCACGUGACAAAUGAUAUUGACCAUUGUCCAGUGAAAAACCAGAGUAUCCGUAUCAUCUGGUAGACGUUACUGACUGCCGUCGUUGUUAUUGCUUGUUAAUUUGACUUUGUUAAUGAUCGGGUAAAUGACAUUUAUAAUAUUGUUUAUCAUCUUUUCUUGUAAAUAUUUUACUGUUAUAUUUUCUACAUAAUUCACUUCACAUGUUUGCCAUUAUAUAUUUAUCAUGUCAUUAAAUUCAAUUAUUUCAAGAA